AUGAAGAUUAAUUCCAAAGGAGGAAAGGACUUGAACCUGAACAAGAAGAGUGAUCAGCAGCAGCCAUAUUGCUUCAAACCAAAAGCAGCUGCUUCUCCUCCUGCUAGUGUAAUUCCAGCAAAGAGGAGGUCCGUGAAGAGAAUCAUUUUUAAUGAAUUUGUCCAAUUUGUUUCUUCUCUUUUCAAAACCAACAAGAAGCCUAAACCACCACCAAAGUCCAACAAUUAG